AUGUCGUUCUUCCAGAGCAUGUUCUCUCAAUUCUUUCCGUCUGCCCCAUCCUUCACCGAAAAUGACAUACCAGCUCAGGAUGGCCGAGUCUUCAUUGUCACUGGUGGAAACGCGGGGAUAGGCUUUGAGCUCUGUAGAAUGCUAUAUGAUAAAGGUGCGACGGUCUAUAUGGCUUCAAGGUCAAAGGAACGAGCCGAUAAGGCAAUCCAGCAACUUGAUACAGCACGCGAUCCAGUCUCCCCAAAAAAGGGAAAGGUAAAAUUUCUACAUUUUGACUUGAAUGAUCUCACCGUUGUCAAAAAGGCCGCCGAAACUUUUGCGGCUCAGGAGUCAAGACUUGACAUUCUCUGGAAUAAUGCUGGCACAGGUGCUCAGCGAGUUGAAGUUGGAGCUCGAACAGUGCAGGGAUUCGAGAGCAUGAUAGGAAUGCAUUGUAUCGCAACUCAAUACUUUACCCAGUUGCUCAUACCACAAUUGCGCGCUGCCGUCGCUGCUUCGCCAGUCCCAGGAUCAGUCCGUGUCGUCUGGACAUCAUCCUUCAUGUCCGAAUUAGCAUCGCCAGAAAACGGAAUCGAUUUCAACUUCUUAGACAAAGGAACUCCGGAUCUCAAACUCAACUUUUCCACCUCAAAAGCAGCAACAUGGAUGCUAGGCCGAGAAAUGGCUCAUCGAUAUGGCGAGCUCGGUAUCGUGAGCGUGAUCCAAAAUCCUGGAAACUUGGACACAGAUGCGUAUGCUGGAAACCCCACAGCGUACAGAUGGCUUAUCCAGCGGAUAUUAUACGAGGCAAAGUUUGGUGCUUAUACAGAAUUGUAUGCUGGGUUGUCGCCGGGAUUGACUUUGGAAAAUAAUGGUGCUUAUGUUGUGCCAUGGGGAAAGAUUCGUCCAGAUUCAGAUUGUCCGAGGAGAGACCUCAUUAAAGCUAUGAUUUCUAUUGAAGAUGGUGGUUUGGGGUAUCCUGCGAAGUUAUGGGAUUGGUUCGAGGCCAAUUCAACUGCUUAUGAAAAAGGUCCACUUCACAGUGACCGUUCGCCGAAUACCACUUUUCAUCCAGAACCCAGCCUCCUCACUUAUUCUAUUAAGGAUGCUCCAAAUCUCUCCGACAUUAUGCAAUUACCCCGAUGCGGCUCGAUGGAGAAACUUAUAACCAGCAGGAUGAUUGAUAUUCAAUACGAGAAGCCUACAGAACGGAUGUUACGCCGAGCUCACAGGAGGAACGCGUACUUUGACCUCUGUAUCAGUAUUAAAAAUUUAAAGCUUAAGUUGUUGAGAAGAUCACCAAAAUUCAAGAAACUUCCCGCACCCUGCCACGACUUCGCAUGCUUUCUACCAGAGGAGUCGUUCGAAACCCCGCAAACGCAUUUAUCAUCACUCGUAGAAUUCGAAGACAUUAUCCCACAGGUCAAUUCAUUGUUUCUGAGCAGACUACCUCUCGACAUUCGUUAUCAAAUUUAUGCUUUUUGUUUCGCCGAUUCUGUACAAUACCCCUGGGACAUAACAUGGUCCAAUUAUCAACGACCCUCUUUCAAUCCCUCGCCAUACCACCGGGGUCUAUGGAAUGUUUUUACCAGUGCACCUGAAGUCAAAGUUAGCAAACCGGACAAGAAAACGAAGAAAAAAGAGAAGAGCAAAUACUUGACAAAGGAACGAAAGAAGCAGAAGAGGCUGUUACAGGACAAUCUCAACAUCGCAACAACAUGCCGUCAAAUGUGA